AAAUGUAUUCCAUUUUAUGCUUAAAAAAGCCGACCGUUGCAUAAAAAUUAAAAUACUAGUCCCAUUCAAGUUUGGAAGGUUAAAACCCCAAGUCCUAAAGCCCUUCUCCACGACCAUCAACCAUGUCUUCCCUCCACCGUCGUCUCCAUGGCAUCUUCACCGGUACUUCUGUCCGUGCAACGUCCCAAACCAACACCUUCAAAGCCUCGGCCCGAAACGCUCGCACCAAAGAAGGCAAACUCGAACAACUGGUCGAGAAGUUCAAGAAAUCCUCCGCGUCCCACCGCUUCCGCGCCUCGCACGGCGUCUACGAGUCCACGGUUCGCCGCCUCGCUUCUGCCCAGAAAUUCUCCAUGAUAGAAGAAAUCCUAGAAGCCCAGAAGAAGUACCCGGACAUCUCCACCGAGGGAUUUGCAAUCCGUCUGAUCUCCUUGUAUGGUAAAGCAGGCAUGUUUGACCAUGCACACAAGGUGUUCGAAGAAAUGCCUGAGCUGAAUUGUGCACGUACAGCCAAGUCCUUCAACGCCCUUUUGGCGGCUUGUGUGAACGCCAAGAAAUUCGAUAAAGUUGAUGAGCUUUUCAGGGGACUACCGCAAAAAGUGUCAAUAGAAGUGGAUUUGGUCUCUUAUAAUAUUGUUAUCAAUGCAUUUUGUGAGAUGGGUUCGUUGGAUACUGCGCUUUUGAUGCUUGAUGAGUUGGAGAAGAAUGGGUUGGAGCCUGAUUCGGUAACAUUCAAUACGCUUCUCAAUGGGUUUUAUAACAAUGGUCGGUUUUUGGACGGAGAGAAGAUAUGGUGUAUGAUGGAGAGCAAGAAUGUUAUUCCUGGUAUUAGAAGUUAUAAUUCAAGGCUGCGCGGUAUGGUUCAUGACAAUAGAAUAUCAGAAGCAGUUAAUUUGUUUGAUGAAAUGCGAAGCAAAGGAAUUAAACCGGAUGUGAUUAGUUAUAAUGCUUUGAUUAAAGGGUUCUGUAAUGAUGGGAAGUUGGAGGAAGCGAAAUGGUGGUAUAGGGAACUAAGAGAAAAUGAAUGUAGUCCUGAUUGGGUCACUUUUGUGGCCCUUAUUCCACUUCUUUGCGAAGAGGGUGAUUUCGAUAUGGCUCUUGAGCUCUGUGCGGAGGUUAUCAAUCAACGGUUUACUAUUGACACAGUGUUAGUGCAGCGUGUGGUGGAUGGGUUGGUCAAGGAGGCAAAGAUUGAGAAAGCGAAGGAGCUUGUAGAACUGGGAAAGUCGAAAAAGUUUUUCCAUUACAAACUAAAAUUGCCUCUGGACAAGUAAAUUAGUAGGUGGUCGCUCGAGUUGAGAUACUCAGCAGUUAUUGGACGCAAUUGGCAUUUUUUGUUUAUUGUGUUUGACAGUUAUGGAGAUCGAACUUUAAUGAGGAAGUUUGUUUUUGUUAUUAAGUUUUUUUCGAGUAUUUAUAGAGCUCUAAUUGAUGUUUUAAAAGUAAUUUGGUGGUAUAAUAAUCGAGUCUUGGACGAAAGAGAAAAGGUUCAAAUUAAGUAGGUUUAA